AUGGAUGGGCAUGCCAAAAAUUCCAUCGCAGGCGGACAGGUGAUCUUGAGAGUCUUGUCUCUUUCUGGUGAUCCUCCCGUCCUCUGCAUACACUGUAUAGAUCCUGACUGGGCGUCCUAUAAGCUGGGUGUGUUUGUGUGUCUGAACUGCUCUGGAGUGCACCGCAACCUGUCCAACAUCAGCCGCGUCAAAUCCAUACGGUUCGACUUCUGGGAUGACGAGCUAGUGGAGUUCAUGAAAACCAAUGGAAACGCCACAGCCAGAGCCGUCUAUGAGAAAGCAGUCCCAGCGUUCUACUACCGGCCCCAGCAAGAAGACUGUGCUGUCCUAAGGGAGCAGUGGAUAAGAGCUAAAAAUGAGAGGAUGGAAUUUACCGGCGAGACAAAGUAUCCUCCACUGGCCUACACGACAGGUUUCUAUGAAGGGAUGUUGUGGAAGAAGGGGAAGGAGAAGGGACAGUUUCAGAGAAGGACGUUUGUUCUGUCUGAGACGGAAUUCACCCUGGCUUACUACAACAAGGAGGAUCCGUCCAAAGGGCCCAAAGCACUCAUCUCCAUCAAAGACGUGAAUGUGACCUUUCAACCUGAGAAGAUUGGUCACGCCCAUGGUCUGCAGAUUACCUACCAGGAAGACAGCCACACCAGAAGCCUUUAUGUCUACCACAAGAGUGGAGAGGUAGAUUGUCACUGGUUCAAUGCCAUUCGUGCUGCUCGCUUUGCCUACCUGAAAACAGCAUACCCCACAGGAAGUGAUAAAGAAUUGAUGACUAGAAUUACCAGAAACUACCUCAAAGAAGGAUACAUGGAGAAGACAGGUCCUAUGCAAAAGGAGACAUUCAAAAAGAGAUGGUUCAUCUUGGACUCCCAAGACAGGAAGCUCCUUUACUUCAAAAGCCAGCUGGAUGCUGAGGAGCUGGGAGUUGUGUUCAUCGGCACAGAGACCAAUGGUUACUCAGUGAGUAAGUGCAUUCCCAAAAGGACCAGAGGCAACAGGUGGAGGUGUGGCAUCACAGUGGAGACGCCAGACCGCCAACCACUGCGCCACUCAGGAGUAGUACAUUAG